CUAGCCAUUUGCUGUAGGCAGCAGAUGUUUUUGUUUUGGUAUCUCAUUCGUUCGCUAUUGUUGUCAGUCGAUUCGCGAAACUUCAGUGUUCAAAGCAAUAUAAUAUUUCAUUUUGUCGGUAACUCUAUUGGCGUCGCGUCACAUUUUUUUUUUUUGUAUUUUAUGUAUACAAAAAGUUCGCAUGUGAAACGCGCAUAUUGUUUGCAAAUUUAGAACAAAAAAGUAAAGUAAAAAUAAGUAUGGCGCGUGUACCGGAAUUAUCGGUAAACUCUGAUCCUCCAUAUAUAAACGCCAAUGACGGCAGAGUAGAGGAUAGUAUAGCCGAACAAAAUUCUCAAACUGUGCAGUGCACCAUUUGUUCAAAAAAAUUUUAUGACCUGAAGGAGAGCUUGAGGCAUGAACUUCUGCAACAUGGAUCCAACAAAACAAAGCGUCCGCAAAAGGGCUUACGUAAUAAACUCAAAUCAAUUGUUGACAAUAUGGAGAUAAAUACGGAAAAUUCACUUCACCACCAAUUACUGGAUGAUUUGCACGAAUGUGAGCCAGGUCGAGAACUCUCAAUUAUUUUAAAACACCAUCGUAUGAAUGACGAAAACCUGCGACUUGUAUAUGAGCGCAUACAUAAUUGCUUACAGAAAGAGAUACAGUCAUUGAGGCAACUAAAGAUACAUCCUUUUGGAUCCUUUGUUAGCGGAUUAGCAUUGCGUGAUAGUGAUAUCGAUCUGUUUAUUCAAUGCGAACAACGAAUCGGCGAUAGAGUAACUGACCUUCAAUAUAUAAUGUUCAAUCGAAUCAACAAUAUUUUACAUCGUAGUAAAUGUUUCAGUGAAGUUAUUCCUAUACGACAGGCUCGUGUACCCAUUAUUAAAUGUAAGCACACUUCAACUGGCUUUAGUCUGGAUAUAAAUUUAUCUUGCCCCAGUAGUGUACAGAAUACAAACUUCCUGCGCGACCUCUUGAAAUUGGAUACGCGCAUUAUGGAAUUAACAGUGUUCCUCAAAGUCUGGGCAAAGCAGUUGCAAUUGAUAGGACGUGGUAACAUGUCAAGUUACUGUUUUAUUACGCUGAUAAUAUUUUAUUUGCAACAACCGCAAUCUGGUCGACCGGCAGUGUUGCCCUCAAUUAAGAAGCUACAAGAAAAUAUACCUGCAGUCAUGAUAGGAGGUGUGAAUUACGCUUUUGAGCUGCAUGAGAGUGCUCUAUCACUGCCCGUUGAAUUGACCACCUCAAAUCUUAUACAUGGAUUUUUUAAAUUUUAUAGCAACUUUCAAUUUGAGAGGGUGUUAUUAGUUCCCUAUUUAGGAGAGGCGAUACCUAAAGACCAAUUCAAAAAUGAUCCAGCUUGUCACGACCGGCUACGCGCCAUUGGCAUAUUAAAGGACAAUCCAGCAGUUCAGGCUAACCGCUGUGUUUGUGUGCAGGACCCUUUUUCACUUAACCACAAUAUUGGAAAAUCGGUCGUAGCGACACAUUUGGAAUAUUUUCGCGAAUGCAUAAGACAUGCAUACUUUAUCUGCGAAGAUAAAAGCAUAUCUACAGAUGCUCAACUAUACGAGGAACUACUAUAUGGCAUUAUAGGGCGUAUUGGACAAGCAUCUAAUAUUAACAUCACUGCCACUAAUAAAAACCCAAACAAGAAAACUCCGGUAAUUGGUGGUGUCAACCUUUUCAAUGUCCCUCUUCCUACAGAACUGAAUUGUCAUUUUAUACCUUCACGCGCUGAUUUACGGGCCAUUGCUGCGCUUUUCCAGAAUGUUGAUGAAAAAUCGCUUCAUGAAUUAUGGAUUAAAUAUUACCUCGAAGCCAUGACGGAAAUCAUAACAGAUAUCUACUGUUUGGACUUGCAAUCAGAACCACCCAUUCACAGUAAUAAACAUCAGCGAUUGGAGCAAACAGAUCGCACUUACACUUGGCUAUUAAGUGGUUCAGUUGAUCAAUGGACCGGACGCUCACAUCAGCGGCUCCACGAUAAAACUUUUAUGGAAUUUCAAUUGGACCAAACUAAACAAUUCGCUGCGACACGACGUCAAAAUUCAAUGUUUGCUGUGCAAAUAAAUGCCACCUUAACUAUGAAUAUAUAUAAACCUAGUGCGAUUGAAUUCAUUGUAACGCCGCGCCUUUCAUACGGCGUGGGUAUAACAAAGAAAAAUCCUUUGUAUAAGUUUUUUACAACGUUCAAAUGUGGUAUGCAGAGUUUUUGUUUAAAAGAGUGGUUACAAAUGAAAGAUACCAAAAAUGUUAAUUGCGGCAAAGUUGAUUAAAUUUGCUCAAAUUUGAUUGAAAAAUAUUGAAUUAUUAGCUGUUUUUUACGCGUAUUUGUGUCUGCGUUUAGAACUUGUGUAUGGAAAAUAGAAGCACAAUUUUAUAUCAACUUUUUCAUGGAUGAUAGGCAAUUGCCUGUGAGCGUUUUUUCUUUUAUUUUUCCGCAGCAGCACAGGUACAUAUAAGCGUAAAAAACACGGCAAUUAUUUAUGUAUGUAUGUACAUAAAUAAAGCAAAUAGUAGCUCACUAAGAAUAGUUUACAAAAUAAAAGUAGGAAAUAAUUGGAAAGAGGCAGUCCAAACUUUGGUUACGUCUGUCAUAGGAUUGUUUCACCACUUGCUCACAGGCUAAUCGGCAUAAUCCUUGGCAAAUUGUAAUCGUUUACUUAUAUUUUUAUUCAAUUUCUUUUUUUAUUCGUUUAUUUUAUAUUUUUAUACUUUGAUCGGAAGCCUUCAAUCUGGUUUUAAUGAACAGUUUUCGAAUCUUUGAUGUACAAGUAUGCACGCCCAAGGAAUGUUGUUUUCUUGACAGCGGAAGAGGUCACAAACAGAUGUUUUUUUUAAGUAAUGAUUCAGCUUAUUUUGAUUUGUCUCUCCGGUUCCUGGCGUUCGGAUUUCGUGAUAUUUUGUUACGUUUUCAAGCAUUUUUUCUUAGCAAGCCGGAUUCCGUUGGUUUCUUCUUGUUUGCGCAAAUUUUCAAUCAACUCUUAGUAUUUAUGACUGCUGUGCUUGGCUCUUUCCAUAUUCAAUCCUAAUAAUUUAAUCUUAAAUAAUAAAAUAAGUAUAAAUUAAAAACCUAAAUUUAUUUUGAAAUCACAAAAUCGGAGGCCCUUACUCAUGUUCUGUAGUAAAUUUUUAUUAAAAUGGGCUUUUUGUGCUGCAGAUUGUGAUUUUAUUAUAUAUUUUAACGCAAAAGUUUUUUGUAGUCAAUUACACAAAUUUAUUGAUUUAUUGUUGCACAAAAUAAGCCGGCUUAGUGAUAAUCAAACUACAGUUGGUUUGUCGCAUGUUAAGUUCUUAAAAAAAAAUGAAUAAAGUUAUAUCAGGAAAUGCGUGGCUCUAUUCUAUCGCACAUCACUGUACAUGGAUGUGUGCGAUCAUUUAAAGUUGACUUGACUGACUUAAAUUAACUGUAUAUAAUAUAUUAUAUACUAUUAUUAGUACAAUUAUAUAUGUACACUUGUGUUUAAUAUAAGAGUGACCUCAACAUAAAACAAAAAAUUGUAUUUAUUGCAAAAAAAACAAAAAUUAAAUCAAC